UUCGCGGUCGAUUGCUUGCUGAAGAAAAUUUGUAAACAGUCGCCUUUUUGUUAUUAUUUUACCAUUUAAUUUUAAUACUAUUCAGAUAAAUAUCCCGCCGCUAUGUACGGGAAGAUACAUCGGUUCCUUUUGCGAUCAAUAGCUAGUCGCGGUGUAAUAACACUAACUGAUGCUCAACAAAUUCUCACUACUUUUACCGAUGAAGAAUUGUCUUCAGUCCAAGACCUCGUAAAAGAAAUAAAUGACGAAAUCAGACCUCUGCAACAAGCCAUCAAAAUAACGAACGAUGAAUUGACCAACGAAGAAGUGGUUAUAUUUCUUUCUCUGGGCUAUGAUGAUGCUACAAAAUCCCAGAAUAUAUUUAACGCCACGGAGCUGGAGUACUUCAGGGUGCUAAUUGAGCAGAUCAUGACGACAGAAGCGAGACAGAUAACUGGUAUACAUGCUAUCAAUUUGGUUGGAGGUAUGAAAGCCUCUUUUACUAAAACUGAUGCCCAAAAACUUCUCAACACUUGGUGUAGAAUGAGAUACCUGGACAAGGACCAGAAUAACUAUGCUUUAGGAGUGCGAGCAAUCCACGAGUUUGAAGGUUACCUUCGUCAGAACAUGCCAGAUACAAUCGAGGAGUGCUGUCUUUGCAAACAAAUUGUUUUUAGAGGUUGCAACUGCUUAUCCUGUGGGCAAGCAGUACACACCAGGUGCCUCAACAAGUAUUUGGAAAAAGUGGAGAAAUGGCCGUGCUGUAAAGCUGACUUCAGUGCUGAACAGUUAGAGCAACUUCGUUGUGCGGAGGUUUCCAGGUUGUCACAGACUCAGCAGAUUGAUUUGACUCAACAAAAUGAGGAAAAUUCAACAAUGCUACAAUCACAGCAGUCUACGGAAGAUAUAACAACCCAAGAUAUUAUCCCGGAGAUAUCCCAGAGGGUUACCAGGAAGAGAAAGAGGCACUGUGAGUGAUAAUCGCUACCUUUGAAGUAGUUAGUGUUGUAGAAUGCUACUGAUUUAUGUGUUGAUUAUUCUGAUACUUCGUUGAAUACUCAUGUACCUAAUUGUGAUUUAAGCGCCUAAGAAAACAAUGUUGAUUUUAAUAAGUGAUAGGUUAAAGUACAAAUAAAACUUCUUUAAUUUUUCCAAAAA